GAACCAGGGAUUGUCGUUGUCAUAUUGAUGAAGCUAUGUCUGCUCCAGGAACGUGUGCUACAGAGAUUCUCACCGAACACUUGGGCUAUCCGCCAAUUGCGGUGAUUGAUGACAUUAUCAACGCGGUCAACGGUGUGAUGUACAAAUGUACACAAGCAGUAGAGACAUAUCUCAUACAGAAGCAAAAGCACGGCACCACGGACAAGGACCCGGACACUGUGGUGGCGAAUUCAAGCACUGUCAAACCAGAGGAGAAUGAAGUGGAGGUGGGCACUGCGAAGUUGGAGACUUUGUUGGAGAACAGCGUUGAUAAGAACUUUGACAAGUUUGAGUUGUACGCGUUGCGAAACAUAUUGACGAUACCGAAUGAUCUCAGCGAUGAGGGAUGGAUACGGUUGAAGCAUUACGAAGGUGUUGACUUGAACAAGAAGGCCGAUGUCAAGAGUGUGGAGCUGGACUUGAAGAUCAACGCGCUCUAUAAGGAGAUAACUGUGCAGUUGUUUGUCAAGAAACAACUCUUGAUACAGAUGAAGAGGGCAAAGAAGAUCGUCAAACUACUUACGCUUUACAAGAAUUCUGUAUCUUUCCUCUCUGAGAGACCAGAAGGCAGUACGCUACCCGCUGAGACGGUGAAACUAUUGGAAUCAUUGGCUCCAUUGGAUCAAACCUUCUACUAUUUGGUUUCACAAACGACGGAGUUAUUCCACUCAGUGGAGGCGCUACAGUCCGUAUUCUCCAAGCCAGUCGAAGAAGGAGGCAUACUGGGACUUGACACAGAUAACAACGAGCGUGACAAGUACCUCAGCGUAGAGGCCACGAAGCUAUUACGCAUUCUUGGGCUGGCAGAUAACAAGUCCAAGAUGGAGAGACUCCUGGGAAACUUGCACAAUGUUGAUUUCGAAAACGCAGAGGUCAAGGAGCAAUUAAAGACCAGAUUUGGGAUAUAG